UCAGGAGUCAGGAAUGGAGGCACAGACGGGGGGAAACACAGGCUUUUCAGACAAGCCGAGCAUGAACACGGAUAGCGGGAGGCUGGGCUUCUGCGGCGCCGUGUUCAUCAUGCUGAAGUCCGCUCUGGGUGCAGGACUGCUCAACUUCCCCUGGGCUUUCUCCCGAGCUGGGGGAGUUCACUCUGCAGUCACAGUGGAGAUGUUUUCUCUCAUAUUCCUCGUUAGUGGACUGGUAAUCCUGGGCUACUCAUCCUCCAUCAGUGGCCAGAGCACAUACCAGGCUGUGGUGGGGCACCUCUGUGGGCCUGCUAUAGGCAAACUGUGUGAACUUUGCUUCGUCUUCAAUGUCUUCAUGAUCUGCGUGGCUUUUCUGGUUAUAUUGGCAGACCAGCUUAAAAAAUUGAGUCUUUCCAUAUAUGAGCUAAUCACAGGUUCCACUGGGAAUGAGAUGCCUCAUCAUUGGUACACAGAUCAGAGGUUUAUGCUUUUCCUCGUGUGUCUCUUUGCCAUCCUUCCUCUUUCAAUUCCUAAAGAGAUUUGGAUACAGAAGUAUACCAGCGCAUUAGGCACUGUAGCUGCCACCUAUUUGACUGUAGCCAUUGUUGUAAGAUAUUACACAAGAGCAGUCCCCGAGGGCCACCUGUCUCCUUUAUACAACAGUGGGAUGGGCUUUUGGGCUUCCAUAUUCAGUGUCAUCCCCACAAUCUGCUUUGGAUUUCAGUGUCAUGAGUGCUGCGUUGCCAUCUACAGCAGUUUGGAGAAUAAGAAGCUCUCCAACUGGGUCAUAAUCUCAUUAUUGUCUAUGUUCAUCUGCCUUGUUGUCUACACCCUAACUGGUAUCUAUGGGUAUCUCACCUUUGGGAGGAAUGUUGCUGCUGAUGUUCUGAUGUCAUACAGUGGAGAUGAUGUCCUUAUGAUCAUUGCAAGGUUACUCUUUGGGGUCUCCAUUAUCACCAUCUACCCCAUUGCUCUUUUACUUGGAAGAUUGGUGAUUCAGGUUCCAUUUCUGCGGCACAGAGUGACUGAGUCUUAUGAGACCUGCAUCAGAGUUGCCUUGACUGCAGUGUGGAUCAUCAUCACUCUCCUCAUUGCUCUGUUUGUUCCAGACAUCAGCAAAGUCAUCAGCAUUAUUGGUGGCAUUAGUGCAUUCUUCAUCUUUGUCUUCCCAGGGCUUUGUUUAAUAUUUGCUAUGCAAUCUCAGCCAAUGUCAGCAAGACUAAGGUGGAUUUUAAUUGCUUGGGGAAUGAUCACAGUUUUAUGUGGCACAUUCAUUUUUGGGCAGAGUACUUUCUUUUCCAUUAUGCAGGUCUUUCAUAAGCUAUGAUUCUUGUCAUCAUUUGAAACUCUACCUCUAAACAGAACUCUUCUGUUUUCAACAGAAUGAAUGUACCCGAUUUUACAAAAUAUUGCUGGGAAAUCCAUGAAUAUG